AUGGGAGUAACCGUAACAAAUCAGCAGUUGUGUCCAUCGUGUGCAUGUCAUCGCGAUUGCCAAGGGUUUCAAAAGUUAGCAGAACUCAAAGAUGCUGGUUUGGUGGUUUAUUGUCACAAUAAACGUACAAAAGAUGCUAGACCAGACAGCACGGCUGAACAAGCUGAUACAUCUAAGAACGUGUUUAUUUUACACAACACGAAAGAUGUGAAAUUAAAAUCUUCCGAUUUAAAAUCAGAACUCGAAAGAAAAGACGUAUGCUGCCCACGAUGUAGGAAAGCCUACCAGCAUGUUCAAAAACUCAUACAAAAAGUGACCUCCAUAGACAGGAAAAAAGUGAUGGGCCUAUGCGACCAUUGUCGUAAAAAAGCUGAAAAAAAUAACAAAACAUGUUCUACGUGUGAAGAGAUUGUGAAGAAAUUCAUAUCAGUUAAGGGUCAACAAAAAGAAGACACAAAACAGUUUAUUAAAAUAUGGCUUUCAAAGAUGGGUGUUUAUUUUAAAGAGCCUAUAAAAUUUGACCAAUCAUUACUCGACGAAAUAGCUCCAGGUUCUAAAGACACUGGUGAAUCUCAUGACGUAAACCUUGAUCAGUUGGCUCGAAAAUCGUCUAUGCCGAAACGUGAGCCGGAAGUUCAAGAAAUGUUUAUUUCAGAAGCACAUAAGUCAGAUUCAGAAUCAAAUAUAGAUACCAAUUUACAUAAACGUCCUAAAUUAGUACAAUUAGUAGAUAAUAAUCGACCUACGGUAUCGAGCGACAUCUCUUUAUUUCAUAAACCUCACGAAGGAGAAGUAGAAGUUUCAAAACCUGUAUUCAUUCAGUCAGAUGCGACUUUUGUGGAACCAUAUUCAAAUGUCAAUGAACAAAUUAAAAGUUCAUUAAAAGAAAAAGAGGAACCCAAGUCUUUAGGACGUUAUGAUGAUACGUUAAUAGAUGCUAAAGAAGCAAUUAAAAAGAGACAUGAUAUCAGCUUGAGACAGAUGACACAAACUGAAAAGGAACUGCCAUCGAAAAGACCGCAAGUAAAUGAAAUUCCGAAAGUAGCACCAUGGGAAAAAGAUUAUGAUUCGAAAUAUUACGGCGAAUCUGAAACAGAUAUAAAAAUUAAAAAGGCUUAUGUCAUUCGCAGUCAAGAAUCUUUAUCGGUAAAAGGUAUUAAAUAUGAAGCACCAAAACCCUCACAAAAAGAUUUACGAGAUCGUCAUGGCCUAGGUAAACAUGGUGACCAUAAAAUAAAAAAGGCUACUCAGGAUUUUGACUCAAGUACUCAAGCAUUGACCGACGAAGACGUAUUACAAACAAUUAAUGAUAGAGUUAAAUCAAAACAUCGAGUACUUAAGCAUAAAACCGGACAUAAAAAAUCACUUGGACCUAAAAGAACUGCAGAAGAUAUUACUAAAACACAAUUUAGUUUCUUUUUCCCAAAAGUACCACAGAAAGAAAAAAAACCAGAAAUUGACAUUCAUUCAUCACAUCUAAUUGAACUUACCCAAGAAAAGUUCCGUCUACAAGCUGAAAAAGAGGACAAAAAAAGACGAAUGAGAGAAGAAAGGAAAAAGCGUGCCCAAACUCAGAAAGAAAUCUCGGCAAUGACUGGUGGAAAAAUGGCAAGACAUGAAUAUGAGAGAGAUCUUGAUCGCUCAAAAGAUGAAAAGUUUACGAAAGCUAAGGCUAUGGAGGAGAUGGAGACAAGAAAAAUAUCUGGGACAGUACAAACCAAAGAUAAAAAAGUUGAAGAACUAGAAAAAAUUAAAAGAGAUGUAAAAGUAGAACUUGAACACAAAUAUGGAAUUGAUGAACAAUCCGGAAAAACCAAACGGGACUUGGGGUUCAAACCGGAACAGGUAGGUAGGACUGAUGAAAUAAGUGAGAAAAGAAAAAGAGAUGGCCAAUCAAAAUUUGAAACCGACAAACUAAGUGAGAAAGCCAAGAAAGACAUAAAAUCAAAACCAGAUAAAAAGUUUGCAAUUGGUGAAGGUGAUGAGAAAUCCAAGAAAGACGUUAAGUUGAGACCUGAAGAGAGAGAUGUAUCCGGUAAAGGAAGUGAAAAAGCCAAGAGAGAUACAAAAUCAAAACCAGGUGAAAAGUUUGCAACUGGAGAAGUUGGUGAGAAAGCCAAGAAAGAUAUAAAAUCAAAACCAGGCGAAAAGAUUGCAACUGGAGAAGUUGGUGAGAAAGCCACGAAAGAUAUAAAAUUAAAACCAGGCGAAAAGAUUGCAACUGGAGAAGUUGGUGAGAAAGCCACGAAAGAUACAAAAUCAAAACCAGGCGAAAAGUUUACAAUUGGAGAAGUUGGUGAGAAAGCCACGAAAGAAGUUAAGUCAAAACCCGAAGAAAAAGAUGUAUCUGAUAAAGUAAGUGCGAAAGCUAAAAAAGAUAUAAAGGAACGUAAGGAUCAAUUAGGUGGAAUUGAUGAAAAAGAUGUGAAAAUCAAGAAGGAUACCAUAAAAGCAAAACCAGAACAAGGAAAACUCGAUGAAUCGUUAGGAAAAGUGGAAAAAGGAUUAAAGUCAACCCCCGAAAAACCAGUUAAAACCGAUGAAGCAACCCAAACUAAAAAGGACUUUUUAAAAAUAUCUGAAGCAAAGAGAGAAGGUGAAACUAGCAAAGAGCAAGGAGUAGAAACAAUUAAAAAGGGAACGAAAACAGGUGAACUAAAAGAAAAAGAUGAAUUAAAAAUAAAAAAGGAUAUCAAGCAAAAAGCAGGAGAAAAAGAUAGUACUCUACAAGAAACGAUUAAAAAGGACUUGAAACAUAAAUCCGGUAAAAGAAGUAAAACAGAUGUUGCAGAUGCCAAAGAUGAAACCGAAGUAAAAUCAAAACAGGAUCAAAAACUACAAACCGAAGAAGCCGAUGUGCUUAAAAAAGACGGCACAUCCAAAUCAGACAAAGAACAAGCAAAAAUUGAUGCAUUAACGCGAAAACAACUUGAGAAACAAGAACAAGAAGAAAAACUAAAAAGAGAAAAAGAAAAGAAAGAAGAUCAAGAAAGGUUAAAAUUAGUAGAACAGUUACAUAAAGAUAAAGCGUCAGCCAAAGUUCAAGCCGCAAAGGACGCAGCCAAGGAACAAACUAAAAUGGAAGCGCAAGAACCAGGGAAAAAGAAAGGGAAAAAGGGAGCAACGUCUAAAAAAUUAGAAGAUGAUACAAAAGGUUCUUUAAGCGACGUUGAGGUAUUACAAAAAUCACUUAAAGCUGACAAAUCAAUCGAUACACAAAAACAAUUAACAAAGAAAGAACUUUUAAAAAUUGCUCAAGAGGAACAACUAGAAGCAAAGAAAGCAAAAGCUGCUGCUGCAGAUGCUGCUCAAUUUAGAAAACUACAAGAACAGCUUGUAAAAGAAAAAGAUAAAGAGAGAUUAAAAAGAUUAGAUGUAAAUGCUAUUUUCGGACGUGGAAAAUCUGAAGGAAAACGAAAAAUAAGUAAAACUAUAAAAAAGCGAGUGCUAAAACCGUUCAACGUUUGGAAAUCAGUUCGUAUAAAACCAGGUAUGACUCCGUCACAGAGAAGGCUGCCUAAGAAUCUCGACCCUCUAUUGAUGAAGGCACACAGACGUCAUCAAAUAACCGGCCAAAUGUGUCCAUCAUGUAUACUUUGUUGUGACUCUGAAUUGGAAAUCGAGUUUGAAAGCUAUUUAAAUGAACUGAAAAGAAGGGAAAAGCAUAUUAUUAUUGGCGAAAGAAUCUACAAAAAUAAACAAAUCGUUGAAAAAGAACAUAAAGAACCAAAAAAUGUUCCAAUGCUUUUUCAAGCAGGAUUUAAUGAUGAAAAAAUCCAAGCAAUAACUGAUAAAGUUGCCCCAGAAGAUAACCUAGACCCAGAAUCAGCAAAACGGAGGAUUGCUCCGACAUCAUCAAAAAGAAGUAUUAAAUCGUUUGACACGGACCCUGGCAGAGGCAUUAUAAGGUAUGCCUUAUCAGAUCGCACCUUCAUUGAUAAGGGUUGGACCAUGCUGCCUACAGAGAAAGUUGUACGUAAGAUGAAUGUUUACCGUAUGCGUCCAGCACAUCCUGAAUUUGAUUGGUUUGAACACAAUAAAAAUAAGCGAUUAAUGACAUACGACUCGGGCGAAAGGCUAGCAGAGUUUGAUGAUAAUGGACGUGGUCGCUGGUACUACAGGAAUGGACGACUAGCUCUAGAUUAUUACGAUGCACAAGAAACCAAUGCUCAACAACGUUUCGUUAUAUACAGCAGCGGUGAACCCGAUGAGCGUGGUCGCAGUCAUCCCAUUACAAUACUAGCCACUUUUGAUUAUCUCGGAAAUGGUGUAGUUUUCGAUCACGCGGGCAAGAUACGACUUAAAUACAAUCAAACAGAAGGUGUGGUACUAGACCGUGGAAUUGGUCCUGUUUCACAUUGGAAAUGGCAUACAUUGAAUGAUCCCCCGGUACUUCAGCAAGUCAUGAUAGAUACUCAAAUGGCUCACAAAGAUCCUGAAAUCGUUCAGCUUGGGUCUAUCGCAGACACAAGACUUCGCCCGGAUAAUGAAGAAAUGUUAGCUAUAGAAUUUGAUAAUUUUAUCAAAGAGAAAAGUAAGAAACUGUCCCAAAAAUUUAAACCCUUUCAAAUAAAGAUGAAAGCUUUGAAGAUCAAUGAACAUUUUUCUUUGAAAGUGCUAGACCAAGCUACUAUAUAUCUCAUUUAUAGAGAUGGUUCAACGAAUCUUAAACUUAAUAUUGGUAUGAUAUUGGAUCACCAGGAAAUUGUGGACACCGAUACUGCAGAAGUGGGGGAAGUGUCGAACAGUUUGGAACGGUUCCCAGCUCGUACUGAUAGUCUUGCAGGUUUACAACGCAGUGUGGCUUACGCCCAGCGCUACGAGAGACAGCGUGCGGAGCGAGAUCGACGAUUACGGAGACCAGAACCCCAUGCUAGUGUAGAUAAUUUGACUGCUGCACUAGCUCCACCUUUGCGACCUCCUUUGCUAACGGUUAACGGAUCAUCAUCGGGUGUUGAAUAUUGUAAUUGUAGAAAACCUGCAAAUAAUCUGUACUAUAAUACUCGUCUUCUUUGA